AUGAGCAAAACAUCUGAAGACGUCCUCAUCAUCUACGAGUCAGAAGCAGAGCAAUGGGCAUGGUACCUUCACUCGCUCCUGCUUGGCUCCAUCCCGGAGGCGGGCAUGUGCUGCUAUGACAUCGCCACGGUGACUAGCCGGCAGGACGACUUCCUGCAUCUGAGCGGCUACAAGUGCAAGCUACUGAUCCUGUCUCGGGGCCUCUUGGAGGGUCUGUGUCAGGAGCGUCGCUUCUUCCUGUCCCGCGUUCUGCAGCCCGAGGGCCGAGUGGUGGUGCUCCUGUGUGGCGUGGAGAACCUCGAGCCGCUGUUGGAGCUCGUCCCCCUGAGGGGCGAGGAGUGCCUGCAGAUCUCUAGCGAGCAAGACGCCCAAGAGUACUGCACGGCCGUGGCUGAGAUUGUCCACAGAGGUGAGCUGACCUCAGCGGCGGAUGUCAGACGAGCGCAGGAGCCGGCGCCCGACAGGGAGCGUUGGGACGGCGGUCUGCGCGCUAAAACCACUUUCUUGCUCCUGCCCUGCCGUGUUCCUUGUGAGAAUCCAGGACAGGUCUUUCUUCUCCUGCGGGAGGUGGUGGCCAGUGAAAACCCGGAGGUGGAGUUUAAUGGGAGCAAGCAAAGCGUGAGAGCGGAAGCAGCCAAAUGGAACGAGAGCACGCUCUGUGUCCCCGCACCAGAUUUUCCUGCUGGCAGUGUGGGUGUGACUCUCUACUGUGGGGGUGUGGUCUUGGGAAAGGCCCGCCUACACUACUACAGUACAAUGGGAGAAAUAUCCCGCCUCCUCCAGCAGGCUGCGGACCCUGUGAACUUCAUGUGUCAGGCUCUUCAGGUGUCCUCCACAGAGCAGGUCGACCACAUGCUGGCUUCAUGUCUAAUGCAGAAAAUGCCUACAGGAGGUUUUCAGGGGCUGCAGAGUGAUCAGAUUCAUGCUGGAGACACACGCACCGAAGACAUCCCGACUCUCCUGCACUUUGCAGCCGAACACGGGCUGAGAGACCUGGCCAGCGUCCUGCUGCAAUGCCCCGGAGCCCCACAGGCCCUGCGGACCGCUGACCGCCUCGGGCACACGCCACUGGCACUGGCGCAUGCACGUGGACAUUCCCACCUCCACGUCCUCCUGCAGGAAUCCCUGGCAAUGAUCACAGGAGAAGGCUGCAACGAUGACACCAGUGUGUAUGAGCUGAUGGGCAGAGCUGGGAACCUGCAGGUCACCGAUAGCCACAAGGAGCUUCAGCCAGCGGCACUCGGAGACCAUGGUGAGCAGGGGGAGGAAGAGGAAGACCCAUACGCCCACUUCGGAGUGACAUGCGAAAAGAACGACAGGGUCCUAACAGCCUGCGGCUGUGUUGCAAUAGCCAACCGCCCGCCGGCCCCCACGCCCCGACCCGAGACCUUCCCCACCAAGAAGAAGAGCAUGCCUUUCAUAGCACAGGUGUUCCAGAAGAAAAUGUCCCAGGCAGAUUCUGAAACUCUGUACUCCUUGCCUUCUAAGCAAACUAGGGUGCGGGACAGCAUCUCCUCCACCUAUGACACGUUCGUGCCGAGCCAGCCUCCGGGACUGGAUGAGCUGAUCCGGCUGCAGGAGCAGGUUAAGGGAGGUUCGCUGAGUGUGGACGAGGCCCUGGAGCGCUUCAGCGACUGGCAGAGGCUCCAGAGAGGCACAGACACUGCGCAGCAGGACAAACUGCGACAACUGCGAGCGGAUAUCGUCAGCAGCAAAGUGGAUAACGACAAUGUCUAUGAUAAGAUCAGCAUCGUUCAUCACACGCCAGCUAUGCUCACAGCAGAAUACAAGAAAGGCAGCCAGCCAGCAGAGAGUGAUUUCUACAGUAAACCCCUCAAAGGGCAGCAUCCAAAUUUCUUUAGGAAGGCAGACAAACAGUGAACGAAGUCGGUAUGAAAUUCGUGUUCCGUGACCUUUCGGUUUGGACAGAGGAAAGAAAUAGUGCAAAGUGGGACAACUCAGGAGUGGACUCCGUUAUCUUUGCCUGGUUGCCGUCUCGUUUGGAGACGGGUUCUGUUCAAAGCUGCCCUGUCAGGGGACACAUCACUACUAGAGCCAUCUCUAGUCCACCAAGGGACCAAGAAAGAACUCUUUAACACCAGGAAAUGAACGCAAGUCAAUGGAAAUCUGUUCCUUUGUGAAAAAUUAGAUGUACAUUCCGAAUAUUUGAAUAUCAUUCCAUCUCAGGAAUCAAGACUACAAUGGUUAUGUUUCUUCGUUGGAAGUUCUUCUACUUUGUCGUCAAAAUUUUCCUUUUAAAAGUAUUGCAAAGCAUCUUGAGAGAGAAAGCAUCAUGCAAUUUCUUCUUAUUAAUAUUAUCGUCAUUUUUAUGUACUCGUAAAAUUCUGAGAAUAUCGGAGAGUAAUGUAACAUUAAAAAGGGGUUAUUUUG